UUUUAUUUUUUAAAUUAUAUAUAUAGAUAGAGCCUCCCGAUUCGAAAGAAAGUCAUAUAUACUGGACAGGGCUGGUCUAUUGGAAAAUUUCAUAUUGCCAGAGGAAGAAGUGAUGGGAGGUGCAGAGAAAAAUGGAGAUGUUAAAGAAGUGGAGAUUGAGGAGGAGAGCAGAGCCCUAGAUAAAGGACCUGAAUCAGUGGAGACAAAGAAAAAGAAGAAGAAAAAGAAGUCUGGGGUGCAUGAAGAAGAGCCAUCAGGUUCCCCAUCUUUAAAUGGAACAAAGGAAGCAGCCACUACCGCAAUCGCUAAGGAAGAUGAAGAAGAAGAUGGGCAGGUGGAGAAUGGAGCCGUAGAUGGUCCGUCAGAUGCUGCAAAGAAGAAGAAGAAAAAAAAUAAGAACAAGAAGAAGAAGGAACCAUUAGAACAGACUGAUCCACCUUCAAUUCCUGUAGCUGAUCUUUUUCCCUCUGGAGAUUUUCCAGAGGGCGAAAUUCAACAAUAUAAGGACGAUAAUUUAUGGCGAGUAACAUCUGAAGAGAAGCGGGAACAAGAACGAUUUGAGAAGCCUAUGUACAAUGCCAUACGUCAAGCAGCAGAAGUGCAUCGUCAGGUCCGAAAGUACAUCAGGAAUUAUGUAAAGCCAGGAAUCCUUAUGACUGACUUGUGUGAAACAUUGGAAAACAUGGUGCGCAAAUUAAUUCAAGAAAAUGGACUCCAAGCAGGCAUUGCUUUUCCUACUGGUUGUUCACUGAACUGGGUUGCUGCACAUUGGACACCAAACUCAGGUGAUAAGACUGUUCUUCAGUAUGAUGAUGUCAUGAAAUUGGACUUUGGAACACACAUUGAAGGACAUAUAAUUGAUUGCGCCUUUACAGUAGCAUUCAAUCCAAUGUUUAACCCACUCCUUGAGGCUGCGAAGGAGGCUACAAAUACUGGCAUUAAGGAAGCUGGCAUCGAUGUUCGUUUAUGUGAUGUUGGUGCAGCAAUCCAAGAAGUUAUGGAGUCUUAUGAAGUUGAAAUAAAUGGCAAGAUGUUUCAAGUUAAAAGCAUCCGGAAUUUGAAUGGGCAUAGCAUUGGACCUUAUCAGAUUCAUGCUGGAAAGUCUGUUCCUAUUGUGAAAGGAGGAGAAGCCACAAAGAUGGAAGAGGGAGAGUUUUUUGCGAUAGAGACUUUUGGCUCAACAGGAAAAGGGUAUGUCAGGGAAGACUUGGAAUGCAGCCAUUACAUGAAAAACUUUAAUGCUGGGCAUGUUCCUUUAAGAUUACCCCGAGCAAAGCAACUUCUCGCAACAAUAGAUAAGAAUUUCUCAACGUUAGCUUUCUGCCGGCGUUAUCUUGAUCGCCUGGGGGAAACGAAAUAUCUGAUGGGACUGAAGAGCUUAUGUGAUGCAGGAAUAGUUCAGCCAUACCCUCCUCUAUGUGAUAUAAAGGGAAGCUAUGUUGCACAAUUCGAACAUACUAUUUUGCUUCGGCCAACCUGCAAAGAGGUUAUAUCCAGAGGUGAUGAUUAUUGAUGAGUUUUUCUCUCCAUUUGUCAUCUAAGACUUCACAAGCUAUUCUAAACUUUGCUGAUGGGACAUUUUUUUAAACAGUCACACUUCUGGUAAGGAGUGUGCUGAUGUCCAAUGCUCAUGGUCUGUAAGAUUUAUUAUAUUAGCACAAGUCUCUAUCUGUCUGGAGGGUUUGUAAAUGGUAUAAAUCAUCCCCAUUUCCUGUCACUACUAAGCUUUCAUCAAUUUUAGUUUGUAACCUAGUACUUGUGUAGUUUAUAUGAACAUGCGAUACAAGAUGUAGUGCAGAAAUUUCAGUAGAUUGCCAUUCAAACAUGCAAAUUUGGUAAAUUGCCUCAUAUAUAUUUAUGUGCAAUGGGGGCAUUGGGCAGUCAUCUGCUAAUCAUUAAUUCUUCUUUAAUUGCAUGCUAAUGGUUGUAGACAAGAAGAUGAUUGAUUCCCUUAUUCCAGAAUCAUUAUAUAGUAUUGCAAUAGAUGUAUUAUGCCUUA